AUGGCCUCCAUCAAGAGCUCUCUGCUCUCGCGCCUCGGCGACGAGCAGAACAUAGCUGAGCGCCACCACGGCAAGUCUCGCAGCCACAUGGCCUUCGAGAACACGUCGACCAACGUCGCCGCCGCCCAGAUGCGUAACCACCUUACCGGCCUGGCCGAGUCGGUCGCCGACCCCGACCAGAAGAAGCUCUUCGAGACCGAGAUGGACAACUUCUUCGCCCUCUUCCGCCGCUACCUCAACGACAAGGCCAAGGGCAACGUUGUGUAA